AUGACUGGCUUCGAUAUCCCAAGCGAGCAAUGGGCACAGGUGGUUGAGAAGUCGGGCGGCCCCGUCGUCUACAAGAAGAUCCCCGUCCAGAAGCCCGGGCCGGAUGAGGUGCUUGUCAACGUCAAGUACUCGGGCGUCUGCCACACAGAUCUGCACGCCAUGAUGGGCGACUGGCCGCUGGCGACCAAGCUGCCGCUCGUCGGCGGGCACGAGGGCGCCGGCGUGGUGGUGGCCAAGGGCGAGCUGGUGACGGACAUCGAGGUCGGCGACUACGCCGGCAUCAAGUGGCUCAACGGCAGCUGCCUGGCCUGCUCCUUCUGCAUGCAGGCCGACGAGCCGCUGUGCCCGCACGCGCUGCUGUCCGGCUACACGGUCGACGGCAGCUUCCAGCAGUACGCCAUCGCCAAGGCCGCCCACGUGGCGCGCAUCCCCAAGGACGUCGACCUCGAGGCCGUGGCGCCCGUGCUCUGCGCCGGCAUCACCGUCUACAAGGGCCUGAAGGAGUCCGGCGCGCGCCCGGGCCAGUGGGUCGCCAUCGUCGGCGCGGGCGGCGGCCUGGGCAGCAUGGCGAUCCAGUACGCGAAGGCCAUGGGCAUGCACGUGAUCGGCAUCGACGGCGGCGAGGAGAAGCGCCAGAGCUGCAAGACACUCGGCGCGGCCGCCUACGUCGACUUCAUGACCAGCAAGGACCUGGUGAGCGAGGUGAAGGCGGCGACGCCCGACGGGCUGGGCCCGCACGCCGUGCUGCUGCUGGCCGUGUCGGAGAAGCCGUUCCAGCAGGCCACCGAGUACGUGCGCAGCCGCGGCUCCGUCAUCUGCAUCGGGCUCCCCGCCAAGGCCUUCCUCAAGGCGCCCGUCUUCGACACCGUCAUCCGCAUGAUCUCCAUCAAGGGCAGCUACGUCGGCAACCGCCAGGACACGCAGGAGGCGCUCGACUUCUUCCAGCGUGGGCUCGUCAAGGUGCCGUUCAAGACGGUCGGCUUGAGCGAGCUGCAGAACGUGUACGACUUGAUGAAGGCGGGCAAGAUCGUGGGGCGGUACGUUGUUGAUACCAGCCGAUAA